GGUAGACUAUGGUCUUGUGCAUGUAUCAUGGGUCUGGCUGCUUCUACCGUACGAGUCUGUGGAAAAGAGAUUUCUCGGUCAGAAAUAAAACGUCAGUCUGAUAAGCAAAACUGCACGACCACCUGUCAAAUGGACGAGCGAAGCUCGAGCAAACGGCCUUGAAAAAUUGUAAAUUGC